CAAAUGUAGCACUCUCACUCUCACUCUCGCUCUAUCACUCUCACUCUCACCCCCCAAUUCUCUCCCGGAUUUUCGCUUUCCACCUAAUUUUCUUGUUUUCCGACGCUAGUGUCUCUCAUGGUAGGGAGUAGAUCAUCAUCCAGCUUACACGACAUUCCUAUCGAUGCUUCUCAGCACCACAUAUAUGAAGGUAGUGGUGGUUCCACUACCGGUUCUGGAUCGGGCUCUGGCACUACUGUGGCUGUGGUUGCUGGUCCAGAGAGUGAUCCUGCUGUGGUUGCUGGUCCAGAGAGUCAUCCUGCUGUGGUUGUUGGUCGAGUGAGUCGUCAUACUGUAGUUGCUGAUCGAGUGAGUCGUCCUACUGUGGUUGGUGGUCCAGAGGGUGCUGUGGUUAAUGGUCAGACAGAGAGUCCUCCCACUGACCCAUUCACGUGAGUUAUAAGCCUAGUUCAAUACAUGCUUCAACAAAAACCGAAGCCCAAAAGACCGAACUGGUUUUUGCUCAAAAGUCGGGUUAGAGCUUUUGAGUAAAAAUUGGCUCUGUUUUCUGCCCCUCUACUUACAUGUCUGUAAUGUUAUUAUUUGUUAGAUGUCUUAGCUUUAACGAACCGGUUUUUGGUCAAAAGUCGGGUUUGAGCUUUUGAGUAAAAACCGGCUCGGUUUCCAAGCCAAAACAUGUAGAAAAACCGGUUCUGUGCACCUCACUUAUAGCAGAUGUUUUUACAUGUCUGUAAUAUUUUUUAUUUGUUAGACAUUUGAUUAUGCUAUAUGAAAUUAAAUUUGAAGUUCA